UUGAUCCAUAUGUGCACCUUUUUAUCCCUGGAUGCCCAAUUGGCCAGAUGUAUUGGUGAUGCUGAUGGGGGUGGCAGAAGCACCAGAAAUUGGACAUAGCUGGAGCACCACUCAUGACUUUCUCUUUGGAGCCAUUGCUGAACUGAUUGACAACUCCCGAGAUGCAGGAGCCACCAGACUUGACAUAUUUACUGUGGAUAACAACAAGCUGCCAGGGGGAUUUAUGUUGUGCUUUUUGGAUGAUGGAUGCGGAAUGGCCCAUAAGGAAGCUACUGAUCUAAUUUAUUUUGGAAGGUCUUCUAAGCGGACAUCUACCUCAAGAAUGAUUGGACGCUAUGGCAAUGGACUUAAAUCGUAA